AUGGCUUCAGCCGGUGGCCGAAGAUGGCAGCAGUUCUUCCAAGAGAUGGUGAUGAUCGCAGGCACUUCCGCCUCGGCAUAUUUUCUAGUUCGCUACCUUCUAUCACGCCUUGAUUUCGACCCCGAGAGCCAGAAGAAAGAGGAACAACGGCAGAAGUCGGCAGCCAUCUUGCGUCGACUUGAAGGAAAUGAUUCAGAUGACGACUCACCGCGGCGUGAAGGGAAGCGUGGGCGAGGACAGAAAAAGAAAGAGCUCACCCUGAAUCAAUACGAACAAGCGGUCGCGAUGGAUGUUGUUGCGCCAGAGGAUAUUGCAGUUUCAUUCGAGGAUAUUGGUGGUCUUGACGAAAUUAUUGAAGAGUUGAAAGAAUCGGUCAUCUAUCCAUUGACAAUGCCUCACCUCUAUGCUUCCACAUCAUCCCUCCUGACGGCGCCCUCCGGAGUCCUGUUGUACGGUCCGCCUGGCUGCGGAAAGACUAUGCUUGCCAAAGCAUUGGCAUCUGAGAGUGGCGCAUGCUUUAUCAACUUGCACAUUUCGACAUUGACAGAGAAGUGGUAUGGUGACUCCAACAAGCUUGUCAAUGCAGUGUUUUCGCUCGCGCGCAAGUUGCAGCCCGCCAUUGUCUUCAUUGAUGAGAUUGAUGCCGUUCUGGGAACCAGGAGAAGUGGUGAGCAUGAGGCAAGUGGUAUGGUCAAGGCCGAGUUUAUGACACAUUGGGAUGGUCUCACCUCGGCGAAUUCCACGGGAGAGCCGCAGCGCAUCGUUGUUCUUGGAGCUACCAACCGCAUUCAAGAUAUCGACGAGGCUAUUUUGCGCCGAAUGCCCAAGAAGUUCCCCGUGACACUUCCUCCAAUUGCCCAGCGACUCCGCAUUCUCAGCCUGAUCCUCAAGGACACCAAGGUUGACCGCGAUAACUUUGACCUGCACUAUCUGGUCAAAACAAUGGCCGGUAUGUCAGGCAGUGAUAUCAAGGAAGCCUGCCGAGAUGCAGCAAUGGUACCUGUCCGGGAGUUGAUUCGACAGAAGAAGGCGAAUGGCAUGCAAAUGGAUGCUGUGAACCCUCAAGAAGUUCGUGGUCUUCGGACAGAAGAUUUCUUCUCCCGCGCUGGCGGUGUCAAGGUCAUUCCCCAGCCCUCUCCAAUGCCUACUGGAAAGGUCAGCGAGAAGGAAGAUGGAGACUGGAGCACUGAAUCUGAAGCCACAUCAGAAGCCGAGGCUCGUCACUCAGCGAUGACUGAGCCUCCAGAAUAA